UCCAUCUUCGUUUUCGUCUAAUUUUUCUGUUGCACGCUCUGUGUUCUUCUUCUUCUUCGUUCCCAUGGAAAACGACACCACCACCGCCACCACCAAUAACACCACCGCAACCGACAAUAACACCACCGCCACCACCAAAGUGGGUUCAGGAGGUGGAGGAGAAGUCAAAUCCAACAAUCAAAGCCCUGAAGAAGAAAUUUCUAAUUUGAAUGGCGAGGAACACAUGCAAGAACAAGUGGAAGAACAAGAAGAAGAUCGAGAUGAAGAUGAUGAAGAACCAACUGGAUCUGUACCCACCGCACGCCAACCUUCAAGAACCCCUUUCGCUAAUCUCAGCCAGGUCGAUGCUGACCUCGCCCUUGCCCGAACCCUUCAGGAACAGGAAAGAGCAUAUAUGAUGCUGAGACUGAAUAAUGAAGGAAGCGACUAUGGAAGUUGGGAAGGUGGAAGCUAUUUGCAUGAUGAUGGGGAUGAUUUUGAUGAUCUACAUGACGGCACUGAUGUGGAUGAGGAUGAGGAUGAGGAUGAGGAUGAAGAUGAUAAUGAGGAGGAAUAUGAGAAUGAAGAUGCAUUUGAUGUCAACGCUCAUGGUAGUGCCGGAGAACAUGAUAAUCCCAUCAUUGAGUAUGACCCAGAUGUAUUUUCAAAUGAUGAAGCCUAUGCAAGAGCAUUACAAGAGGCUGAAGAGAGGGAAAUGGCAGCUAGACUGUUGGCUCUUGCUGGGAUAAAUGAUCGGGAGGUUGAGGACACAGAUGAGCAUGGUGCUAAUUCUCAGGAUGCAUGGGAGGAUGUUGAUCCAGAUGAACUUUCAUAUGAGGUGACUUUAAUAUAUACCGGAAGUUUGUUUCAUGCCCCACAUCCUCCCUGUACACUUUCAUCUCAUGUUUUAAUAGUAAGAUUCAAAUUAUUUCAGGAACUACUUGCAUUGGGUGAAGUAGUUGGAACUGAGAGCAGAGGUCUUUCAACUGAUACUAUUGCCUGUUUGCCUUCGGUGAAGUACAAGACCGGGAGUGAUCAACAUGGAAGCAGUGAUUCGUGCGUCAUUUGCCGGGUGGACUAUGAGGAUGGUGAGUCCUUGACAGUUCUUUCCUGCAAACAUCUUUACCAUCCUGAGUGCAUUAACAACUGGUUGAAAAUAAACAAGGUUUGCCCUGUUUGCAGUACUGAGGUAUCUGCGUCUGGGAGCAGCUUGUAGGUGGAUUAAUAGCUGCUCUUCGCUUCAAAUUGAAGAAAAUUUAUGCAAGUUGGGGGCUAUUAUCUCUUAUUUUAGUAGCAUUGCCAUGUUGUGGAGAUAGUCUGUGCUUUGUUGUAUCCAGCUCCUUCAGUAAUGUAACAUGUUACACUUGGAAUCAGCUCUCUGGAUUGUGUCUUUUUUAAAUGAAAUGACUGACACUAUAGUCGUCAUUUUUUUUUUUUCUGCAGUUCUUAAUUUACUGGGUCUGAGGGGAUAAACUGGGCUAGUUAUUGUGGCUUGCUACUGCAAGAGGGGAUUCGUGACAGUGGUGUUUUAUGUCAAACAAAGCAUUAUUUAAUAGUCCCAAUGAUUUUGGGAAGUGGGGUGGGGAUCCGCAUUUCAUUUAUGGA